GGCGCUGAGGGGAGAGGCGCAGUCAGCGCCGCCCGGGGACCCGUUAGAGCGGAAGCGCAGCCGCCGCCUCUAUAGUCGCGGGGUUCCCGGCAAGUGAAGCGGGAACCAUGUCGAAGCGGCUCCGGAGUAGCGACGUGUGCGCCGACUGCAGCGGCCCGGAUCCUUCCUGGGCAUCAGUAAAUAGGGGAACUUUUAUAUGUGAUGAGUGUUGCAGUGUUCAUCGGAGUCUAGGGCGCCAUAUCUCCCAAGUAAGGCAUCUUAAACACACACCAUGGCCUCCAACACUGCUUCAGAUGGUUGAGACUUUGUAUAACAAUGGUGCUAAUUCUAUAUGGGAGCAUUCUUUGCUGGACCCCGCGUCUAUUAUGAGUGGAAGACGGAAAGCUAAUCCACAGGAUAAAGUGCACCCCAAUAAAGCAGAAUUCAUCAGAGCCAAAUAUCAGAUGUUAGCAUUUGUCCACCGAUUGCCCUGCCGUGACGAUGACAGUGUGACUGCCAAAGAUCUUAGUAAGCAACUCCAUUCAAGUGUGAGAACAGGGAACCUUGAGACCUGUCUGAGACUGCUAUCUCUAGGAGCCCAAGCCAACUUCUUUCAUCCUGAAAAAGGCAGCACUCCACUCCAUGUCGCCUCCAAAGCAGGACAGAUUUUACAGGCUGAAUUAUUGGCAGUAUAUGGAGCUGACCCAGGCACACAAGAUUCUAGUGGGAAGACUCCUGUUGAUUAUGCAAGGCAAGGAGGGCACCAUGAGCUGGCUGAGCGCCUCGUGGAAAUACAGUACGAGCUGACUGACAGACUGGCCUUCUACCUCUGCGGCAGGAAACCAGAUCACAAAAAUGGGCAGCACUUUAUAAUCCCUCAAAUGGCAGACAGACGGCUCAGCCUGGAUGUGUCUGAGUUGGCAAAAGCUGCCAAGAAGAAGCUUCAGUCUCUAAGUAAUCAUUUGUUUGAAGAACUUGCCAUGGAUGUGUACGAUGAAGUUGACAGGCGAGAGACUGAUGCAGUUUGGCUUGCCACGCAAAACCACAGCACCCUGGUAACCGAGACAACAGUCGUCCCCUUUCUUCCGGUCAAUCCUGAGUACUCCUCAACACGAAACCAGGGCAGACAGAAAUUAGCUCGGUUUAAUGCCCAUGAAUUUGCUACGCUGGUCAUCGACAUUCUCAGUGACGCCAAGAGGAGACAGCAGAGCAGUCCUCUGUCCAGGUCAAAAGAUAAUGUGGAACUCAUAUUGAGAACUGUUAGUAACCAGCACAGCACUGAGAGCCAGGACAACGACCAGCCAGACUAUGACAGUGUGGCAUCGGACGAAGACACAGACAUGGAAACCAGAGCAAGCAAGGCAAACCGGCAGAAGAGCCUAGAUUCAGAUUUAUCAGAUGGACCAGUCACUGUGCAGGAGUUUAUGGAGGUCAAAAGCGCCCUAGUGGCUUCUGAGGCCAAGAUACAGCAGCUAAUGAAGGUGAAUAACAACUUGAGUGACGAGCUGAGAAUUAUGCAGAAAAAGCUUCAAACACUCCAGAGUGAGAAUUCAAGCCUCAGGAAGCAGGCCACAACCAAUGCCUGUCAGGUGCAGACUGGCCCUGACUACCCAGACACUUCCAGCCACUCGUCCUUAAAGCGCCGGCCGUCUGCCCGGGGCAGUAGGCCCAUGUCCAUGUAUGAGACUGGAUCAGGUCAGAAACCAUACCUCCCAAUGGGGGAAGCAAACCGCCCUGAGGAGAACAGGACAAGGCUUCAACCCUUUCCUGCUCACAUUGGGAGGAGUGCACUUGUGACCUCCUCUUCGUCUCUGCCUUCCUUCCCCUCUACACUUUCCUGGUCCAGGGACGAAAGCGCCCGAAGGACAUCCAGACUGGAGAAGCAGAACAGCACACCGGAGAGUGACUAUGACAACACUCCCUUUGACACUGAGCCAGAAGACACAGUGUCAAACCGAAAGGGACGGCAAAGGAGUAUGGUGUGGCAGGGGGAUGGCUCAUUGCCAGACAUAGCAGAACCCCACUUGGUCCCCAGCCCCACACUCCCCAGCACAGAAGAUGUCAUCCGGAAGACUGAACAGAUCACCAAAAACAUCCAGGAGCUCCUGAGAGCAGCGCAGGAGAACAAACACGACAGCUACAUUCCCUGCUCAGAGAGAAUACAUGUUGCUGUUACCGAGAUGGCAGCCUUGUUCCCCAAAAAACCCAAGUCUGACACGGUGAGGACUUCCCUCCGGUUACUGACGUCCAGUGCCUACCGGCUUCAAUCGGAGUGCAGAAAGGCCCUCCCAGGAGAAUCAAGCUUGCCCACGGAUGUGCAGUUGGUCACACAGCAGGUCAUCCAGUGUGCCUAUGACAUCGCCAAGGCAGCCAAACAGCUGGUCACAAUCACCACCAAAGAGAACAACAGCUGAACUGCAGGGCACUGUCCUACUUUCUAGCUCCUGAGAGUCCGGCUUCGCUUAGAUAUGAACUCUUAAGAUUUUUACAAAACCAUUUAAUGAUGAUUUGAAACUUUUUAAAAAAAUCUCAGUAUUAUUUUUGCAUGUUUUCUAACAGAUUUUUUACUGUAAUUUAACCAUUGCCUUAUGUGUGCUUGUAUGCAGCUUAGCUCCUGUCCUGUUGUGUUGUCACCAAGUGCUUAGGUCAUGAUCCAAUGUGUUUAAAUGCCAUUGUUCCGAGUUUGCGACAACUUCCCAGCCCCUAAAACUCUCUACCCAUGACGAAAACUAUAAUUGAUAUUUUUAGUAAACAUUUUCUUAAGAGAGUUGGAUUUAAAAAAAAAAACAAAAAAAA